AUACAAUGUCCGAGGCUGUUCAAAAUGGAAAACCCAUCCUCAAACGUCCUGGAGUGGGACUUGGGAUUCUUGUGACAGACUCCUCCAAUCCAGGAUGCGUCUUGUUAGGAAAAAGAAAAACCAAAGUUGGGAAAGGCACCUACCAGUUACCAGGAGGUCACAUUGAAUUCGGAGAAACUUGGGAGGAAUGUGCCCAGAGAGAGGUGAUGGAGGAAGCUGGCGUCCGACUGAAGAACAUUCGCUUUGCAUCCGUCAUCAACUCCAUCAGACUGGAGGAAAACUACCAUUAUGUCACAAUCUUCAUGCAGGGAGAACUGGACAGGUCUUUGUCAGCUGAACCGGUUAAUUUGGAGCCAGAGAAGAAUGAAGGUUGGACAUGGAGGCGGUGGGAGGAUUUCCCCCCCGAAGAGCAGCUAUUCUUGCCCUUAGCCAACCUGAGACAGCAGGACUUCCAGCCAUUCAGAAAGGGUUAAAGGCGUUUCUGUAAUUAAGACAUCAACCUUAUCACUCCCUGACUCACCUUAGGCCUUUUCUCACUCAUUUUGAAGAGAGCUUUGACCUGUCGAAAGGACACACGCCCUGACCUUAAGUUGUGAGAUUGACAUACUGUACUUUCAAAUUGACUGUAAUGCAUAAUUAAUUAAUUACUUAAUGUUAUUCCAGCUUCUCAGUAGCCUAAUGAUUUUAUUGAACACACAUGUGUAUUAAAUUAUAUCUAAGGCUAUUAAACUAUUAGGUCUUAUCAGUCAGAUAUUUAUUUUGUACAUGCCGGUAAAGUCUGUAUUGAACAUGUUAUGGGUGAUGUUAUGUUCAAAUAUUUAGGUAACAGUUUACAAUAAGGUCAGAUUUGUUAACAUUACUGAAUGCAUUAGGUAU